UUUCUAUACCGGCAGUGCUCAGUGUUAACAUUUUUUUUAAUGAUCAUACAUCGCGUGCCGUUCGGAAGGACGCCAGUAAUAUGUGCUGCGGGGCAGUGUUGGUACGCGAAGUGAAACAAGUAGGCCGGCCAUGAAACAGAGACAUCUAGCGGAGAAUGUCCGGGGGCAGGUGCUGAAGAAUCAGAGACUGCGACUCGACGUGCGGAACGAGACAUGAGUGCACACAGUUAAAAAAACUAAGAAAAAAAACUUUAAAUUAAAUAAAUCAAACACAUAACGCCAAAUUGCGCUUGCUUCCAAUAUCGUUUUCUCAUACUGAAACAUAUCGUAUAUAAGGUUAAAAAGUUCAAUUAGAAUUAAAAAUAUAAAUAUAGUUUCGCGCCUUUUCUUGUGCCUAUCUUAAUCCAAUUCUAAAUCAUCUCUAGUGAGAUAAAAUCAAAUCUUAUACUGUGAUGGGACUAACGUAAAAGUGAUAUCGAUGUUCGACGAGUAAACGUGAACUUUCUUUCGGCUAUUUGUAUAUAAAUUAGAAUAGUCACGCUAGAAUAGAGUUCUAAAGUUGCUCGAAUUAAUCCUAAAUAAUAAAUUAAAACUGUAUGUGAACUGGGGCGUGAAAAAGUAAACUGUGUAUAGUGAGUUUGUGUGAAAUCUUAGCCUAGGAGCUAAGUCGUGUUUAAAACCCGCGUUUUUCAACGGCCUCAAAGCUGGCAAGUAUGCAGGCAGCUCUUAUGCUAAGAGCCAAAUCGCGGGAAAGAAAAAAACAACGUUUGAAGCGAGGAAUCAAGAAUGAAUUGCCAAGCAAUGUGGCGACUAAACCAAUCGCGCCGUUCCCGAGAUACCCGCCGGCGUCCUGGUGCGCGGCUGGUCGCGCGGCCUGGCAGGAGGCGGCGGCGCUGUCGGUGGGCGGCGGCGGCGCGGGCGCGGGCGGCGCCGCCCGCCGCUGCUCCGUGCUCGGCGACCACCCGGGCGCGCGCCGCGACCCGCGCGGCAAGUGGCACCGCACCAACCGGGUCCGAGAUGCCUCAUACGGGUCAUCGUCGGACUCGGACGGGGAGCUGGAGGGAGCGAGCGGGGAGCCCUGGGGCGUCGCGAGGCUUCUGUACGCGGGGCUGGCCAUUCUCGCUCUUGGCCUCGUCGUGUACUUCGUCGGCACCGGAGACAAGGGUUUCAAAACACCAGCGCUACGUCUGGUGGGCCCGUCACUCAUCGUGGCCGGCCUUUCGUGUUGCUUGCUGCGUAUUAUGUUUUGUAUUUUCGCCAAGCCUUGUUGCAGGCGGAGGACCAACCACAAGGAGAACAGAAGACUGUCCGGUUGCGUGGAAGGCGAAGAGAUGCCGCUGGCGAGGUGCCCAAGCACACGUCAGGGACCAGCGCAGUGUUCGCCGGCGCGACGCCUCGACGCGUCCUCGUGCGACGUGUCCAGCCUGUCCAGCGGCGAAGAGGACGAGCGUCUGCGGCGAUACCGCACGGCCAACGCGACCUCCACACACUUGCAGCCGCAGACUGUUCACGUACAGCCAGCGGGGUCGCAGCCAGGAUCGCAGCCAGGUUCGCAACCAGGGUCGCAGCCGGGGUUGCAGCCAGGGUCGCAACCGGGGUCGCAGCCGGGUUCGCAGCCAGGGUUGCAGCCAGGGCCGCAGCCAGGCGUGCAGCCCGGGCCGCAGCCAGGGUCACAGCCAAGGCCGCCGCCGUCGCUCCAGUCGGCGCAGCAGACGGCAGGCAAGAGGCCGCCCCCGAGGAACGUGUCCUUCGCGGGCGGCCCCGACGGCGAGCUGGUCCUCAGCCCCGCGCAGUUACGCUCCUAACCCACAAGCAAUAAACAUUGUCGCAAUACUUUUUAUACGAACUAUGACUAUGAUCGGCCAAAGCGAUAUGUGUGGCGGCAAGUGGAGAUCAAUUUUGCACGUUUGAUAUA